CCAGUUUACUUUCACAGAACUCGGUUCGGUUUUUUUAAACGAACUAUAUGUGAAAACACUGUUAAAGUCAAACGCGACCGUUACGAGCCGUUUACAGUAAGUGGCUCGCUCAGGUCGCUAACGCGGGCGGUUUUAUCGUGUUUGUUUAGCGAGUGUUAAACCUCGUCCAGACAGUGUCUUACAUUCCUUACUGAGACAGCGCCGCCUGCCUGGGGACGGUUUCAGCUCCCAGAACCGAGGAUCAUCCAGCUGCACAGCUGACUAAGGUUAACUGACUGGACCGAGUGGAACGGCGGCUGGAGAUACGACUGCAAGGGUCAGAAUCUGCUAUUAAAAAAUGUUUCUCAUCGGAAAUCAUCUGGAUCUGAAAAACUGUCCUUCCACAGGAACAUCCUCUCUUUAGGCCUCAUCCAGUACGGUGGCAGUCUGUAUCAUUGUCAACACUCAACUGUGCUCUUACCCAAGUGGCCUCAUACUGAUGCUUCUUUCACUGCACUGAACAUCAGUGUCUGAACAUAAGAUAAGAUAAGAUAAUCCUUUAUUAGUCCCACAGCGGGGAAAUUCACAAUCAGCUAUGCAUGCGAGCUGGGUGCCACGCUGGAUCAUGCAUAGUGAGCUUGGCAUGCCCUCACGCAACGCAACUCAUCAUAUCUACCAGAGGCCGUGUAUUGGCGGAACCACUCUGGCGCUUGACCAGUCAGAAGCAAGUGAGUGAACUGACUAAUCAGAACAUACUAUGCUCAUCAGGAUGGAGGGGCUUAAAGACACAGGAGCUCUAACAGAGCGUUUCAAACAGAGGAAACAUGAUGUCCCGUUUCAAGUCUUCUCCUGUGUGUGUGCUUUCAUAAACAUUUGAGGACAUUCCAACAAGAGGAAGGUCAAGCUACUUAAACAGGAGGAGUUUUUUGUUGAGGACUGCAAACAAAGGAGAUAUGAGCCUGAAGACUGCAACUGAAGUUUUUACUGGGCUAAACAGAACUGUACAGCUUUGUAAAGGAGACUGCAAGGCAUCAAGCUCUCUGUAUGAUGUACUGGUGACGUCUACUCAGUAUGGCCUAUGCAUGCCUGUACGCAGCAUAAAGUCACAUACAGGCCAGACUAUCACCCAUAAACUCCCAUUAGUCUUUUCAGAGACUUUGAAGAUUGUUGGUUGUCUUUGUGAUUUGGAGAGUGACUGAUCUCUAAGAAGGGUGCUGUGACAUGAAAAAAAAGGGCCUAUAUGCCCAUCUCCACCAUCCUACCAGACAGGGUGGCAGCCGAUGGUGCAGGAGUUGGAUGUUGCUAUCUCUAGCAUCAUAUAACUUGGUGAAAGGUGACUGUUUGAGGACGUUCAUAGCCUUCGGUCUGACUGAGAAUCAGACAUGCUGAUGUCAAUAGGAUGUGCAUGGGGAAUACUGUGUUUAUUGACUAAACCUCACCAAUGAUAACAUGUUCAAUUAUGUUGCUGAACCAAUCCAUGUCUGAAUUAUAGUUUAUAAGUUGAUUUGUAAUGAUGAAUCAAUAAUUAGGUCCAUAAAUGUUUGAAUGUUGACAAAGUUAUUGGCAUUUAAAGACAUAUUUAAGUUUCUCAAAGUGCACAUUUUCAGCUUUAGUUUGAGGGUAUACAUUAGAGGGGUACAUCUAAAUUAGACGAAUGCUUUAGGUAUUACAACCAUUUUCAUACAUGGCCCUCCCAUUUUUAUGGGCUCAAAAAUAAUUGGAAAGUUGGGUCCCUGUCUGUUCUAUGAUCAGUUCUGUCUUAUUUCCACAUUAUUUUACUUACUAGUAAGCAGAUAUAAGGUCUAGAGCUGAUUUCGAGGCAUUUACAUUUGGAUUCUGUUGCUGUUAACUUUCAAUAUGAAUUCCAAAGAGCUUCCCUGCCAGCGUAGCUAGCCAAAUAUAGCAAAAUGUGUGUGGCCAACUAUUUGUUACAUUUUUCAAAAGAAAGACUGCAUAAGUCAAAUCCGAAAUCAACCCAAGACUUGUAGGCAAAGAAGAGGAGUGUUCUGUAAUGACCAAAUCACCUGACCUGAAUCUAUUUUCUAAAUUUAAAUUUCAUAAUCAGUUCUUCUUUUUAAAUUGAGUAUGUACCUAUGUGCAGAGUCUGAUUAAUUAUCUGCAGUGUAAUAAAGGAUGAUAUGAACAUUUGUACAGUUAUACUAUACACAAAUAAACAGCUUUAGCUUUUAGCUAAUAUUACAGACAAACAUUCACAGCCUACAAACUGUAUAAAUUCAUUGACAGCCCUACAAAACAAUGAAUGGGGCUAUAUCAGAGAACUUGUAGAGAAACAAAGCUCUCCGAUAUAAUCCCGCUAAACGUUUAGCGGUUUAAUAUAACAGGAGAAAUCGGCAGUAGCCAGACUCCUCUUAAACUGGCUCUUAAUACGGGUGCAGUUUAAAAUACUGCCCGUUCAAUUCGUUCCGUUUAUAUCCGUGACCGCGUAGUUCCAGCGUGAAGCCGCUUCAGGCCAGGUGGUGGCGCCGAUUCUGUAACUACAGCUUUCUCCAACUGCACUAAAGCGGAGAAGCAGAGGAUUGUGUUGUGGCCAGCGGUCCACGCCUACAGUGUUGUUGGAGGAACAGAAACAUUAGCUGAACUAUCCGAACUCUUGAAGAAAUGAUGUCCAGUUUCAAGUCUUCUCCUACACUUCCCUACCCAUCUUAAAUGUGCUUCCUUAAAUACAUCAGGACAUUCCCCCAAGAGAAAUAUUAAGUUGCUGAAACAGGUGAAAUAUAAGAAUAUGGUACCCAGACGACAAUGCAAUGCUAACCAAAUAUCACCUGGUACCCUCCACAUAGACACAUCUCACAGACAAACACAAAAGUGCAUCAAGGAGAGAAAUCACUACUGCUUGGAUUGUGGAAAGAGUUUUACUCAAAAGAGUCAUCUGAAGACACACCAGCGCAUUCACACAGGAGAGAAGCCAUAUGACUGCUCAGAGUGUGGGAAGAGUUUUACUCGACAGAGUCAUCUCAAAAUACACCAGCGCGUUCACACCGGAGAGAAGCCGUAUUGCUGUUUAGAGUGUGGGAAGAGGUUCUCACGACAGAGUCAUCUCAAAAUACAUCGGCGCAUUCACACAGGAGAGAAACCGUAUCACUGCUCAGAGUGUGGACGGAGUUUUAAUCAUCAGAAAACUCUCAAAAUACACCAACGCAUUCACACAAGAGAGAAACCAUAUCACUGCUCAGAGUGUGGCCGGAGUUUUAAUCAUCAGAGCACUCUCAAAACACACCAGCGCAUUCACACAGGAGAGAAACCGUAUCAUUGUUCAGAGUGUGGGAGAAGUUUUACUCAGCAGAACUCUCUCAAUCAGCACCAGCGCAUUCACACAGGAGAGAAGCCGUAUUACUGCUCAGAUUGUGGGAAGAGUUUUAGUCAACAGACUCACCUCCAAAAACACCAGCGCAUUCACACAGGAGAGAAACCAUAUCACUGCUCAGAGUGUGGGAAGAGUUUUACUGUACAGAGUACUCUCCAAGAACACCAGCGCAUUCACACAGGAGAGAAGCCAUAUCACUGCCUGGAGUGUAGGAAGAGUUUCAGUUAUUUUAGUACUCUCAAAAUACACCAGCGCAUUCACACAGGAGAGAAGCCGUAUCACUGCUCAGAGUGUGGAAAGGGUUUUAGUCACCAGAGUAUUCUCCAACAACACCAGCGCAUUCACACAGGUAUUAAACCAUAUCAUUGCUCAGCAUGUGGGAAGAGGUUUACUGUACAGAGUCAUCUCCAAGAACACCAGCGCAUUCAUACAGGAGAGAAGCCAUAUUACUGCUCAAAGUGUGGAAAGGGUUUUACUCAGCAGAGUAAUCUUAAAACACACCAGCGCAUUCACACAGGAGAGAAGCCGUAUUACUGCUCAGAGUGUGGGAAGAGUUUUAAUUGUCAGAGUAACUUUCAACAACAUCAGCGCAUUCACACGGGAGAGAAGCCGUAUCACUGCUCAGAGUGUGGGAAGAGUUUUACUCAGCAGAUUACUCUCAAAAUACACCAGCGCAUUCACACAGGAGAGAAGCCGUAUCACUGCUCAGAGUGUGAUAAGACUUUUAAUCGUCAAAGUCAUCUACAUCAACAUCAACGCAUUCACACAGGAGAGAAGCCAUAUCACUGCUCAGAAUGUAGGAAGAGUUUUAAUCGUCACAGUACUCUCCAAGAACACCAGCGCAGUCACACAGGAGAGAGGCCUUACCACUGCUCAGAGUGUGGGAAGAGUUUUAAUCGUCAAAGUACUCUUCAAGAACACCAGCACAUUCAUAGAGGACAGAAGCCAUAUCACUGCUCAGACUGUGGAAAUGGUUUUAAUCGUCAAAGUCAUUUGCAGCAACACCAGCUUAUUCACACUGGAGAGAAGCCGUAUCACUGCUCAGACUGUGGGAAGAGUUUUAGGCAUUCAAAGACUGUGGUAACACACAAGUGCACUAAGAGCGGUGGUGGAAAUGGGCAGUAAUGUGUAACCUUAAUACAAAGUAAAAUUCUGUAGGAUUUCAGACUUUUUUUAAGGGAAAACCACAUAUUGUUAUUAACACUAUUUCUAAAUAUGACCAUAUAAUAAAAUAGAAUUUCCUUUGAUGAACACCAACUCAUACUCUAAAUGAGAAGAGGAAGCACUUCAGAUAAAAAAAAAAUUGGUUUCAUUUGUAAUAUAUGUUGAAAAUUAAAAAGCUCCUCAUUCAAUGAUAUUUUGUCCUUCCAAGCUAGUAUGGUGUUUCUGGUGCAAUGAUGGAUGUUUUGACAAACAUAUGACAGCCGACUUGUUUCCUGGAGUCCCUCUUUUGCUUCUUUGAUUACUACAUAGGAAUUAAUAGGCUUGUUGCAAGGAAAGUUCCACCUUGUCUGCUUUUUUAAUAUGUAGAUGUUUUCUGUAUACUGUAUGUGAAUAUACUGUAUAUUGACUCUUUAACUGUAUAUUAAAGAGUAGGAAGGACUACAAGCCAGCAAGCUCUCUGAUGUACUGGUGACCUCUCCUCAGUAUGGCUUACUCAUGCCCAUUUUAUGUAGCAUAAAGUUGCAUACAGGCCAGGAAUUAAUAUGAGACAUAUUAAACAGGCCAAACAAGUAAACAGAGUAUAAAAAUAUUAAAAGAAGAAAACACAGGUAAAUAAUGAAAAACAAAAAUACAAUAAACAAACAAAAUAAGAGAUAUAAAAGAUCUGAUGUAAAAUGAGCAAAAGAGAUUAAUUUGAAUAUGUACCAUGUGAAUAUGUACUUAUGUGCAGAGUCUUAAUAAGUGAACAGUGUAUAUUACAGGAUAUGGCGUUUGUAUAAACCUAUAAAAGUGUAUAAAAAAGCAUUUUUGAUUACAUUUCAGUGUAAGUUUGUUAUAUUCUUAAGGAUAAUUUAUAUGUUUGUAUUUCUUUGUAUAUCUGUGAUGU